CCUUCCACGCUAACUCGACAUCAUCCAUUCCUUCUGUAUUCUAAUCCACUGUUUCUCCACACGGCAAUGGUGCUGAAAUAUCGACAGAACCUCGAGUGGCGAACGCCAGUCUUCCCUUCUGGGGACGCUUCCAUGGCUUCCGCUUCUGUAGUCUUACCCUACCCGCCUAACAGUCUCGCUAUACUCGGCCUCAAAGGCCGAGCGCUUGUUCGCUUAAGACCAUGGGUUCCACCUCCUAAGAAGCCCAUCUCCUACUAUUCCUCCUCGUGCUCGACCUCGCUUAUUUCGCCCAUCAUCUCCUCUGGGUUCGAGACGAGACCCCAACGCCAAGUUCUGAUAAGAUCAUCUAGUUCCGAUUCUGCAACAACUGCUUUCAGUUUUCCGAAUGUUGGCCAAAUUCUUCACCUGGCGGUUUCUCUUGGCGUAAUUGUUGCAGCCGAUAAGUUUUUGAAGCAAGCAUUUACAGCGGCGGCGAUCAAGUUCCCGAGCGCGCUUUUCGGGAUGUUUUGCGUGUUUUCGGUUCUUAUUGUGUUGGAUUCUUUUGCUCCUACUGCCGCCAUGUAUGUGAUGAACUUCUUUGAGCCAGCAACUCUUUUUAUACAGAGGUGGCUACCAUUGUUCUAUGUACCGUCGCUUGUUGUCCUACCGAUUGCGGUGAGAGACGUCCCUGCUGCUUCAGGUGUCAAGAUUUGCUUCAUUUUAGUGACAGGUUGGGCAGCAUCUCUCUGUGUUGCUGGAUACACUGCCAUAACAAUAAGAAAAAUUGUGAAGACAGAAAUGAUUCCUGCUGAGCCAAUGACAAAACCUGCUCCUUUUUCAACACUUGAAAUUUUGGUCUGGUCUGCUGUCUUCAUUGCCUCGUUUGUUCUUGCAUUAAUUAAUCCAACAGCUCUGGGAACAAGUGCAAGAACUUUCCUUCCUUUCCUGCUUGCUGCAACAGUAUUGGGUUACAUGGUUGGCUCCCGGUUUCCAGCAUUUGUCAAAAAGAUCUUCCAUCCAAUUGUCUGCUGUGCAUUUUCUGCAGAUUUGGCUGCAAUAGCAUAUGGGUAUUUCUCCCGGUCUGGAUUGGAUGCUGUUCUAGGUAACUAUCUAACUAAGGUGUCAUCUAAUCCUGGAGCUGGUGAUAUUCUUAUGGGUUUUCUUGGAUCUGUCAUUAUUACAUUUGCCUUUUCGAUGUUCAAACAAAGAAAGCUUGUUAAGCGGCACGCAGCAGAGAUUUUCUCAUCAGUGAUCGUCGCAACAAUCUUCUCUUUGUACUCAACUGCAGCCAUAGGGCGCCUUAUUGGGCUAGAGCCAAUAUUAACUGUGUCAAUCUUGCCAAGAUGCAUAACAGUGGCUUUAGCCUUAAGUAUUGUUUCUUUCUUUGAAGGUGCAAACACAUCUCUUACCGCUGCUGUUGUUGUGCUCACUGGUCUGGUUGGAGCUAAUUUUGUUCAGGCUGUGAUGGAUAAGCUUGGUUUUAACGACCCGAUUGCUAGAGGAAUAGCAACAGCUUCCAGUGCUCAUGGAUUGGGUACAGCAGCUUUAUCAGCAAAGGAGCCAGAAGCUCUUCCAUUCUGCGCUAUUGCUUAUGCACUCACUGGAAUAUUUGGCUCUCUACUUUGCUCCAUACCGGCUGUCAGGCAAAGCUUGCUUCUUAUUGUGGGCUAGAAUAUAUCAAGCUUCUUCUUCUGAAGGAAAGAGAGUCUGCUACCAGAAUUUUGAGAGGGCUUAAUGUUGAAAGUUUAUGCUAAAUGCAUCCCAUCAGUAAAAUGAAAGGGAGAUGCCUCUCCAUGAAUGUUCAAAUAAGCUUUUGGAGACAUGAAAAUUCAUUGAUACAAUCAUUUAUUUAAUGUCAGAUCCUAAAUUUCCCUUCUA